AUGGGCUCCAAUAAGGAAGCAAAAAACAUUGAUAGUAAGAAUGAUAGGGGGUUAACCAGUAUAACCAGUAACAAAAUUUCCAACUUAAAAGCACAUGAUAACCAUACAAGUUCAAUGAUUACUGAACAUAAAAAUGCUGACAAAGAAAAGGGGAAACAAGAAAAAGAGAGUAGAAAUGGAACCACGCAAUCAAGUAGUUCAGUAGAAUCACACUCACCACAAGUAAGCCAUCAUUCAGAUAAGCUCUCGUCCUUUGAUUCGCCCUUACAUUUGCCAAACUUUAGACUGGCGGAUGACUUGUUCUCAAACUCGUCAAGACGAUCAUCUGACUCCGCUGCCUCAUCCUCAGUAUCCAAACUGAAGUCCGCUCAGCUUUCCAAAAUAGGUCUACAUCAUCAUCAUACAAGUAAUAAUAAACAUAGUCAUAGAAGCGGAACUCCGACUUCCGAAGUGAAAGCUAAUUACUCACCAGACCCUUCUGCACCGCGAUUCAUUGUAUCCAAUAUGGUCGGCAAUGGCCGGGGAGGUGGUGGUCUACACGGUGCAACUUCGAACGUUGUCAAGAAACUCCAUUCUAGAAAAAAAUGGGACUGGAACACUUUACCGGCAUCAGAUUCUUCUCUUCUAAUCAAAACCGUUUCAGGAAAUCAUAAUUUAAUCAACAUUUGCAUAGACGGUGAAUUCAAACAAAUAAUGUACGACCCGAAUCAUAAUGAGCUCUUUAAUAGAAUGGACUUGUUUCUAUCUUUUAACAUGGACUCCUCGCCAGAAGACUCUUUAAUAUUUGCCAAGAAAAGAUUACGGUCGUACAUUGAUUUCCUAACAAAAUAUUUGGAAUCUAGGAAAUAUGCAUUUGAAUGUUAUCCAUUUAACAUUGAAAACAUCAUAAAUAUAGAGACUGAGGUUAAAUGCUUUCCAUCGUUUGACCCGUUAAAAGAUUAUUCUGAAAUUGAAUCCUUGAUUCAAUUAUGGUUGGCUCAAUCUCAAAAAUUUUUACUGCAAUCAAAUUCAUUCUUCUUUUCAUCUGAAGUAGUGGAGGAACUAAUAAAAAGAAAACCAACCACAAGACAACAUUCUAAUCCAACAAUCAGCACCACCAGCAACAAGAUCAGUGACCCUACAUUAUAUAUUCAGCAGUUAGAUAUAGAAGCAAACUCUCCAAGGCCAGUAAUAUCGGAUCCAUUAGACGAAAUUGACAUCUUAUUAAUAAGACCGCUGCAUAAAACCCUGGGCGGUUGGCAGCUGGCGUAUGAUGAACCAAGCUUGAACAUCGCAGAUUUCGCAUUAGAUUUAUCUCCCUGGAUGAUUGACAGCAGUGACAAUGACGCUCAGAAUAAGAAUGCUAGUGAAAUUGCUCCUGAGUAUUUAACAAACUUACAAAAUUAUUUGCCACGAAAGGGUUCAAGAGCGAAAAUAGUUUCUGACGAACAAGAAGUUAUCGAAUUGAAUUCUUCCAAUGCUUCAGAGUAUAUGUAUGAUUGCAUGAAUAGAAAGUUCUUUACAGAUGAUGCAAAAGAACGUAUUUCUAGAAACAACUUCAAUCAGGGAGUUGAGGAAGACCCUCUAAACGACCAAUUCGCUUCAAGUAGAUCUUUAUCAUUGCCGUCCUCGGGAGCAGAUGCUGUCAAAAGGAAGAAGAGCCCUACCAAGGCUACUAAAAAAUCUGGUUUCGUCAACUUUUUCAAGAGAAAGCAUUCUCAACUUGCAUCAACUUCACAUACUACAAGCCCUUCAGUUUCACCUAGCAUAUCUUCUUCUUCUUCUCCAAAAAUUCAACCACAGUCACAUAUCUCUAGUCCCCCUCGGACAGAGAAAGCUCCCCAUGUCAAAUCAGCCAACCAAGCACAUCAAAAUGAAUGGUUGGAGAAUUUUUUUUGCCGGACUUUGAACAACUACAAAGAAAUCGAUUUACCGACCCAAUUUAUUUUGCCAAAGGAAGUGAAGAGGUCCUCUAAUGCACAACUUCAGCCUGAAGAUGAACCACCUUUGUCAUCACCAAUAUCCUCUAAUUCGGAUAACUCCUUUCCAAAUGAAGGACUUGACAGGGCAAAAAGCGCAGCUAUUUAUGGUAAAGAAUAUUUAAAAUUAAGACUGCCGUUUGCAUCAGACACUAUACCUGCUGUAAUAUGCCCGUGGGUCUGGACAAGUUUAAGUUAUUAUAAAUGGAAAGCUCUACUUAGGGAAAUAUACAGAUCAAUAAUUCCUGGCGGGUACGCGCUGGCAAUUGUUCCAGAUUUAAGGAUUUCAAACACAUACUAUACUGGAAUUCUUGGCAACGCCGAUGCCGAAAAAGCAAAUAAUUCAUCAGAAGAGUUUUUGACUACAAAAGAACGGGACAAGACAUUUGAUGCUAUGGCUAUUGAUGCGAUAAAUAAAGGCUUACAUAUCCAUCCUACAAAACACUUAACGAGGACAUUCAAGGAUGUAGGGUUUACAGGCAUCAAGUCCUCGGUCCUAAGUUUGAAAACUGGUGACUUCAAAACAGAUAUGGGCUUUUUGAAUGAAUUUAAUUCUUUAGAUAUGUGGGACUACAUGUUAAGGAGGCAACUACCAGAUAGUAGUUGUCCUCCAAAGGAUACCGACCCCACCACUCUUUUCAAAAGAUAUGUGGAAGAACACAUAGGAAAAAUCGAUGACAACGCUGGCUGCUUUAGAACUUUGUAUGUGGUGGCGCAAAAGCCAAAGCUGCCAUAUACCAAAUAA